AUGGAUAUGCGGGAGAUGGUGGAUAAAGUCAAGAAAGGGGAGCCACUGUACGGACACAGCGAGCUCACGCCCUACAUGCAAGGUGUUGCGGCAAGAAACAGCAGAUAUUCGGCGCUCCUGGGGCAUGUUGUGCCGUGGAUGAAUUUUGUGAAUCAUAACCAGCAUGGUGUAGAUACAGCCAAAUAUUAUCAGCAAGCAGAGCGAGAGCUGGAAGCAGAAAGACUAGGAAAAGCCGAGUCAUGA